AUGCUAAAGGCUUUUUCUCGUUCUUCUUUGAUCUCACGAAGGUUUCUGCAAAUCUCAGCCAGUGAUCCCGAACUAUCGAAGAGAUUCGAUGUGAUUGUGGUUGGUGGUGGACAUGCCGGAUGUGAGGGAGCGGCUGCGGCCGCAAGAUGUGGCUCAAGAGUCCUCAUGAUCACACAUAAAGUGGAUUCCAUCGGUGUUAUGAGUUGCAAUCCGUCUUUUGGAGGGAUCGGCAAGGGACAUUUGAUGAGGUGAGUUGAUUUCAAUUUUUUUAUUGUUAUUUAGGCACUAAUACGUCUUAAAUUCAAUGGAGAAGCUAAUAGACCCUGAUCUUUAGGGAACUGGACGCUUUUGAUGGAGUUUCACCUCGAGUUUGUGAUCAAUCAGCCAUUACAUUCCAAGCACUAAAUAGAUCACAUGGCCCGGCCGUUCUAGGGUUGAGGGCUCAGAUGGAUCGUACAAUUUACCUUAGGAACAUGCAGAAGGAAAUACUGAACACACCGGGGUUGAUGGUUUUGGAAGCAGCUGUUGAGGACCUUGUUCUUGAUGAAGGAAAUGGCACCACAAGAAUAAAUGGAUGUGUUCUUGAUGAUGGAACGGUAAGAACAACUGUUAAUUUUAUUACCAUUUGAUUCUUUUUUUUGAAUUUCCUGACUAAUUGUUUUACGGGGAAUAUAAUUUCUCCAAAAUAUGCUUCACAAGUGUUUUUUCAGAUAAUAACUUCGGAUACUGUAAUGAUAACAACAGGGACUUUCUUAUCUGCCGAGAUUUAUCGAGGGAUGACAUCCAGACCAGCCGGGCGACUCGGAGAUCCAGCUUCUUACGGGCUUUCGAAAACAUUUUUAAGGCUGGGAUUUGAACUCGGAAGGCUGCGAACAGGGACUCCACCUCGUCUGGAUUCCAACACAAUCGAUUUUAGCAAGUUUACAAUAGCACCGCCUGAUCAAAACCCGAUUCCAUUCAGUUAUAUGACAAAAAAACUGUGGAUUGAUGUGGAGAAACAGGUGAGAAGCUAGAAAUAUAGCUUUCAGGAUAUAAAAUUUAGUGUAAUGUGGUCAAUUAUUGAGUAUAGCUUACCGUUUAAACUCUUAGAUUUGAUCUUUAUAUUAUUUUAGUCAUUAUUUAUACCUAUUUUCUAGAUUCCCACGUAUUUCGGCUACACAAAUCAAAAAGUGGUCAAAAUAGUUAACGACAACCUCUCACAAAACCUGCAUUGUGCCGGUGGAGUGACCGGACCGAGGUAUUGCCCAUCUUUGGAGACCAAAGUCAUCCGAUUUCCCAAGCUGAAUCAUAGGGUAAGAUAAGAAUUUUGUUGUUAUGUGUUUUGUUUUAGUUCUUUCUCGAAUACGAAGGCCUCAAUUCGAACGUUAUUUAUAUGCAAGGUAGUACGAUGACAAACGAAGAAAAGAUCCAAGAUCAGAUUGUCAACUCGAUAGAAGGAUUGGAGAAGGCGAAGAUACUACAAUAUGGAUAUGGAGUUCAUUAUGAUUACGUCAAUCCUAAGCAGUUACAGCCCUGGUUGGAAACAAAGAAAGUGGAAGGGCUCUUCUUGGCGGGUCAGAUCAAUGGGACAACGGGCUAUGAGGAGGCCGCAAGUCAAGGUAGGAAAACUUUCGAAAGUAGAAUUUCUGGGCUGAAUUUAGUUUCAAGUGUCUUACAAGGUUGUGAGAACUUGAACAGAGUGUCAUUGAGUAAUCGUGAGCGCUUUCAGGAGUCCUGGCCGGGAUAAAUUGUGUUUGGCGAUCGAAAAAACGGAAAAAUUUGGAGACUCCAGAAGAUCCAUUGACAAUUUGCAGAUCUGAAGGAUACUUGGGCGUUUUAAUUGACGAUUUGAUCAAUUUCGGUGUCAAAGAACCUUAUCGAAUGUUCACAUCGAGAGUUGAGUUUCGACUUCAUCUAAGGUAA